CUCAGAGUCAGCUGACCGUCUUGUGCAUUAGUUGAAGACGUGCACUCACAUCCCGGAACCUGGUUUACACAGGGCUGCAGGGAGAAGGCACAAUGGCUGGCGACGGUGCGGAGAUGGUGACUGGCACACAGGUAACUUACAUUGGAAAAGAUUGUAUCAUGAUUCCAAAAUUUCUUGCUAAUAACUAUGGACAUCAAGCAAAGAGACUAGAUCUGAGCUUUAAUUUAUUAAGAUCCCUGGAAGGACUGGAUGGUUUUGUGUGUCUGGAAGAACUAAUACUAGACAACAAUCAGCUGGGAAACCAUAUUAUCUUUCCACUACUUCCAUACCUGCAUACAUUGACCCUGAACAAAAAUGAGCUGACUGAGGUAGAGCACCUUUUGGACACAUUAGCCACAUCUGCUCCAGCUCUGGAAUAUCUCAGCUUGCUUGGUAACCAGGCCUGUCCAAAUGAACUUGUAAGCACAGAGAAAGAUGAAGACGAUUACCAAAGAUACAGGUACUUUGUCCUCAAUAAGCUUCCUAACCUUAAGUUUUUGGAUACAAGGAAAGUGACAAGCAAAGAGCGUGAAGUAGCGAGUUCCAGAGGAGCCUUUAUGAAAGUUGUAAAGCCGAAAGAAAGCAAGCUUUCAAGUGGCAAAGACUCCCGCUCUCCUGAUUUGCCUUACACCCCCCUGCCAUCAGCAUCAAGGGACCCAACCAAUCACAGAGGGGUUGCAGGGAAAUGCCGCUAUAUUUACUAUGGAAAGCAUUCAGAAGGCAACAGAUUCAUUCGUGAUGACCAGCUCUGACCAAAGUAAAAGUGCAAAUCUUCCUACUUCUGCUACCAGCGACCACUGUGGAUUCACCGGCUGUGGAAGACCAG